CGCGCAGAGGAAGGACGCUUUUGCACUUGGCCUUUUAGCAACUCGGGACUUUGGAAGAAAUUUGCCAGCCCUCGACCCUGGCAGAGAGAGCGCUGCUUCAAUGCUGAAGAUGGAGCCUCUGAACAGCACGCACCCCAGCACCGCAGCCCCCCGCAGCCACCUUGCGUCCCACGUGCCGGGCGGCGGAAGCAGCAACGGCAACGAGUACUUCUACAUUCUAGUGGUCAUGUCCUUCUACGGCAUUUUCUUGAUCGGGAUCAUGCUGGGUUAUAUGAAGUCUAAGAGGCGGGAGAAGAAGUCCAGCCUCAUGCUGCUCUACAAAGAUGAGGAGAGGCUCUGGGGGGAGGCCAUGAAGCCGCUGCCCCUGGUGUCGGGCCUGAGGUCGGUGCAGGUGCCCAUGAUGCUGAACAUGCUGCAGGAGAGCGUGGCGCCUGCCCUAUCCUGCACCCUCUGCUCCAUGGAAGGGGACAGCGUGAGCUCCGAGUCCUCCACACCCGACGUGCACCUCACCAUCCAGGAGGAGGGGGCGGACGAUGAGCUGGGGGAAACUUCCGAGACGCUCAACGAAAGCAGCGAAGGGUCCUCGGAGAACAUCCAUCAGAAUUCCUAGCACCCCCGGGGCCCCCCAUCGGCCAGCACUCUCAGAGGGAGGAAGGACACUUUCCGUGUCUGGUUUCACUUUUGCAGUGCAUGCCGCGGCCACUUUAAAGAGACCGUGGGCGAGCCCCUGAAUGGGGGUGGUGGGGGACAAGGCUCGGCCGGAGGCAGCGGCCAGGAGUCCAAGCCGCCGCCUGGCCCGUGAUGUAGACUUGCCACUGAAAAGCCCCGAAGAAGUGCAGUGUGUACGCUGACUUUGGGGCUUGGGGGUUGGGGUUCCGGCUCAGAAUUCGGCAGGUCGCUGGACUUGCUGGAUGCCCUGGGUAACUCCGGCGGCAUCUGUCCAACGCCCAGGACACAAUUAGUUGUGAUUUGCUAAUUUGCCUAGAGCUUUGUUCUAGAUCCGAUUGACUGUAAGUACCUCAACUGUGUCCCUGUAAUAGGCUAUGGAACUUCUCUUGGAGGUUAAUUUAGGUUAGAGGGGGUGUCUGAUGCAAGACUUCUGAUAGCAGAAAGCUGGAGAUCCAAACCUGUCUCAUUUGCAUGUUGUAAGGAAAAAAAAAAAGCAACUUUUAAGCCUGAUAACAUUGGCUGGGACUAUAAAAUGUCAUCUGCUAUUCUGACCCUUUGUCUAACCUAUGACCUUGAACUCUGACCUCAGACCAUCCAGCAUCACAUGCUGGCGGGGACGUUUUCUUGGUUGGAAGAGCUUCCCCAGAAUCUAACCUGCACCCUGAAUAGCCAUGCAGGGGACUCUUCUGGAUCUUUCCAGAAGGGGUGAUGGUGGGGUUGAAUGAGGCCAAGCCGUUAGCUCUGCUGCUGCUUUUUUCCCAGCCUCGUUUUUGGAGCUGGGAGCUGAUGUAACAUGGGCCUCCACGAUGUGGCAUUUCGUCACGUAGCCGAGACCUAGAAGGGCAUACUUGGGCAGAGGUCACACAAAGCAGGGGUCCAGGUUCUGUCUUCUGAUCCCGAGCCCUGACCCUGAUUUACUGUGUGGUCCUGGGCAUGUCAUCAAGAGGCUUACUGCCUUCACGGAGGCUCCUGAAUUGAGAUCCCCAGGGGGCCAGGAGGAUGUCUUUGGAUUUUAAGACUCUGUGAUAAAUCCUGUAUGGCCUGGUGUGAGGAAGCUUGGACAAAAUAUUUCCCACUUGGCCAGUCAGUCUGAGAAUGGAUCUGCUUAUUUAAAGGAGCAGUUGGGGACUCAGAACACAUGUAACUGGGAAAUCAAAUCACCACCCUGGUCAUGCUGUCAUUUACCCCAGCAGUGAACCAAGGGAGGCAGAGACCACAUUUUACUCUGCAAAGCUCCCUGGGUAGUAGAAUGUUAAUACUUCAGCCGAGAGACGAGAAACGUAAAAGCAAAUGUUCAGGAAUGCCUGCUAAUGUCUCUGCGUUUUUCUGUGGUCAGUAGUUUUGUAGCGGCCCAUUAGGCCCUUGAAGACAAGCAGGAAGAGAAACACACCAAAAGGUCAAAUUUAAUUCUAGUAAAAAGAAAAAAAAAAAGUUUUGUUUUGUUUUGUUGUUUUGUGUGUUUAAGAAAACACACUCUCCCUUGAUUGGAGAUCGCCAUAACCACUGUUCCCAUGGAAAGGUUAAGAGUGAGGAGCUGGUUUAUCAGUUUGCCUUAACACAGUGCUAGAGGAAAUUUAUGUUCAGGGGGCGGGAAGGGCCCUCUGUUCACUUUAAAAUUCACAGUGUGGAUUUACUCCAAAGGGGGCUGUUUAAGGUGAAAGAAGCCAAGUUAAGUUUGGCCCCUUGCCUGGAAUCACUUGAAUUCUGAAACUUUACUGCGACGGACUUGUGCACUGUCACAUUUUCCAUUGCUUAAUCCUGAAGUUUGGUGCAAGUCUAUCUGCGCCUCUGAAAAAAGUGAUGUAUAUACUUCCUUCUUAUUCUAUUAAGUUGUAUAAAAUUGUCUUCUGUAUUUAACAGUUUGUAAUUUUCACACUAUUUUUUAAUUUAAAUAAAACACAU